AUGGGGGGCAAGAACAUCAACAAGAGCGGCUACUUCGACAAGCUCCAGGGCUUGCUCGAGGAGUACAAGUCCGUCUUCAUUGUCGAGAUCGACAAUGUCUCGUCCCAGCAGAUGCACGAGAUUCGCCAUGCUCUCCGCAAGCAGGCUGUCGUCCUGAUGGGCAAGAACACCAUGGUUCGCCGUGCCCUCAAGACCUUCAUCCCCGACCACCCUGAGUAUGAGCGCUUCCUGCCCCACGUCAAGGGCAACGUUGGCUUCGUCUUCACCAACGGCGACCUUAAGGAGAUCCGUGACAAGAUCCUCGAGAACCGUGUCGCCGCCCCUGCCCGUGCUGGUGCCCUCGCGCCCGCAGACGUGUGGAUCCCCGCUGGCAACACCGGCAUGGAGCCCGGAAAGACCUCCUUCUUCCAGGCCCUCGGUGUCCCCACCAAGAUUGCCCGUGGUACCAUUGAGAUUACCACUGAUCUGAAGCUCGUCGAGGCCGGCAGCAAGGUCGGCCCCUCCGAGGCCACCCUGCUCAACAUGCUCAACAUCUCUCCCUUCACCUACGGUCUGGGCAUUGCUCAGGUCUACGACGAGGGUCAGACCUUCCCCGCCUCCGUCCUCGACAUUGGUGAGGAGGAGCUCCUCAAGACCUUCGCCACAGCCAUCACCACCAUCGCCUCCGUCUCGCUGGCCAUUGGCUUCCCCACCCUGCCCUCGGUCAUGCACUCCGUCAUCAACGGCUACAAGAACAUCCUGGCUGUCGCCAUCGAAACCGAGUUCAGCUGGCCCGAGAUUGAGGAGCUCAAGGACCGCAUCGCCAACCCCGACGCCUACGCCGCUGCCGCCCCCGCUGCUGGUGGUGCUGCCGCUACCACUGAGGCUGCUGGUGACGCCAAGAAGGAGGAGUCGGAGGCUGAGGACUCUGACGAGUCUGGCUUCGGUGGUCUUUUCGAUUAA